AUGAUGCAGAGGCCACCCCUCCGUCCGGAGGAGUACUCCUUGAAGGAGACCUCACCUCACCUUGGUGGUGCAGCUGCUGGUGACAAGCUCACCACCACCUAUGACCUGGUUGAGCAGAUGCAGUACCUUUAUGUAAGAGUGGUAAAAGCAAAGGAACUUCCAAACAAGGACAUCACUGGGAGCUGUGACCCGUAUGUUGAGGUGAAGCUAGGAAACUAUAAGGGCCAAACUCGGCAUUUCGAGAAGAAGAACAACCCAGAGUGGAAUCAGGUCUUUGCAUUCUCAAAGGAGCGCAUUCAGUCAUCAGUUGUGGAGAUUGUGGUCAAGGACAAGGAUCUUGUCAAGGAUGACUUCAUUGGGCGGGUUAUAUUUGAUCUGAAUGAGGUCCCAAAGAGAGUGCCACCUGAUAGCCCAUUGGCUCCACAAUGGGAAGGAGAGUUGAUGUUGGCUGUUUGGAUGGGUACUCAAGCUGAUGAAGCAUUCCCUGAAGCAUGGCAUUCUGAUGCAGCCUCCGUCCCUAGCGAUGGCCUUGCAAGCAUUAGAUCAAAAGUGUAUCUUACUCCAAAGCUUUGGUAUCUCCGUGUCAAUGUCAUCGAAGCUCAGGAUCUUAUACCAAAUGACAAGACCAGGUUCCCAGAGGUUUAUGUCAAAGCAAUGCUAGGCAACCAAGUACUUAGAACCAGGGUAUUUGCGAGGCGGACAUUGAAUCCAAUGUGGAAUGAAGAUUUGAUGUUUGUUGCAGCUGAGCCAUUUGAGGAGCACCUAAUUUUGAGCGUAGAGGACAGGGUGGCCCCAGGAAAGGAUGAAGUAAUUGGAAGGACAAUCAUUUCACUGCAGCAUGUACCCCGGAGACUGGAUCACAGGUUGCUAACCAGCCAGUGGUAUAACCUUGAGAAGCAUGUGAUUAUUGAUGGUGAGCAUAAGAAAGAGACCAAGUUUUCAAGCCGAAUUCACUUGAGAAUUUGUCUUGAAGGUGGAUAUCAUGUCUUGGAUGAGUCAACACAUUACAGUAGUGAUUUAAGGCCAACUGCAAAACCUCUGUGGAAGCCUAGCAUUGGCAUUCUUGAGCUGGGUAUUUUGACAGCACAGGGCCUGUUACCAAUGAAGACCAAGGAUGGACGUGGCACAACUGAUGCCUAUUGUGUUGCAAAGUAUGGACAGAAAUGGGUGCGUACUAGGACUAUAAUCGACAGUUUCACUCCCAAAUGGAAUGAACAGUACACCUGGGAGGUGUAUGACCCAUGCACUGUGAUCACAAUUGGUGUAUUUGACAAUUGCCACCUGAAUGGCGGGGAAAAGGCCAAUGGUGCCAGGGAUACCAGAAUUGGGAAGAAGAUGGGUGAGGUGCAGCUUGCUGUCCGUUUCACGUGCUCAUCACUGCUCAACAUGAUGCAUCUGUACUCACAGCCCUUGCUGCCCAAGAUGCACUAUGUGCACCCGUUGUCCGUGAUACAGGUGGACAACCUGAGGCGUCAAGCCACAAACAUUGUCUCGACAAGGCUGGGCCGUGCAGAGCCACCACUGCGGAAGGAAAUCGUAGAGUACAUGCUUGACGUGGACUCGCACAUGUGGAGCAUGAGAAAGAGCAAGGCAAAUUUCUUCCGCAUCAUGGGUGUCCUGAGCCCCCUGAUUGCAGUGGCGAAGUGGUUCGAUCAGAUCUGUCUCUGGAGGAACCCGUUGACCACCAUACUGAUCCAUGUCCUCUUCGUGAUACUGGUUCUAUACCCAGAGCUGAUACUGCCCACAAUCUUCCUCUACCUGUUCCUGAUCGGGGUGUGGUACUACAGGUGGCGGCCAAGGCAGCCGCCGCACAUGGACACCCGCCUCUCCCAUGCAGAGACUGCCCACCCCGACGAGCUCGACGAGGAGUUCGACACCUUCCCCACCUCCCGCCCGCCGGACAUCGUGCGGAUGCGCUACGACAGGCUGCGCAGCGUUGCUGGGAGGAUCCAGACCGUGGUUGGCGACCUCGCGACGCAGGGCGAGCGGCUGCAGUCGCUGCUGAGCUGGAGGGAUCCAAGGGCCACCGCGCUGUUCGUGGUCUUCUGCUUCAUCGCCGCCAUCGUCCUGUACGUCACCCCGUUCCGCGUCGUGGUCUUCCUCGCAGGCCUGUACGUGCUGAGGCACCCCAGAUUCCGCCACAGGAUGCCAUCCGUCCCGCUCAACUUCUUCAGGCGUCUGCCGGCGAGGACCGACAGCAUGCUGUAG